CCUCAAACGUUUAAUACAUGCCCUGAUACAUGGUCAACAUGCAAAUAAACCGAAAGCAGGGAUGUCAGCUAUCUACUAUUAGAUGGCUGGCAAAGAUUACGCUCAUUUUUGCAUUUGUGAAUUUCAGCUGGCUGGAUCCAGCUGCCGCAACCGAAAGCUGUCGCCGAAUAUCCAGUGACUCUAACAUAAUCCGUCGUCCAGGAGACGGUGGCUACGAAAUUCGUGUGCGACUUAUCCCAUUAGAAUCAACAAGGCUUCGUGGUAGUGGAAACCGUGGAGCAUUCUGGCCAUUAUCUCUGAACAGCAAACCUUCCAAACCAAAGUCCACCAUUGAUGGUGAAGAUAAUUCCACCAUGGAAUAUUUGCCUGGAAGAGAAUAUGAAAUUACUGUUGCGCCGAAGGCAUCACCAACGGUCACCAAUACCUUUUAUAUGGAAGCUGUUUAUGUGACAGCGGUUCCGCUGGGAACUCCUGAAAGUCAAGAAUAUGAUCAGGGAAAGGGGUUAUUUUCGCCAACAAUUUGCACUAGUCCUGGGAUCGGUGGGAUUGAAUUCAAGUACAAUUUUCCAAGACAAGUUACAUUUAUAUGGACAGCACCAAAGGAUGAAUCAGGUAAGACAAGCUCUGGUGGUCAUACCCAAUGGGGUGCAAGUCACUGUGUCGAACUAAGAGCGAUUGUUAUCCCCUGGCACUGGCAUCGGGUGUUUUUUCGCAAUACUGGAUCUUUACGCAAAGUGAUGUGCCCCGCCAAAGAUAUUCGUCAAAUUGAUCAUUGGCCAAAUUUCGUGGAAGAUUUAAGUGGUGCGUCGGGAAGGAACGGACGGGGUGAUGGUGUGAAAGCGCGAUCUGUCACGCUGACUAGCAAAUCGGAUUCUGCAGAAGCCCGAGACCGGUUCAGUGACAGUGGAUUUUAUGGAUCUGAGGACGGUGGAUCUUGUGCAGUUCAAGAGAUUCAAAAGCCCGUCAGACGAUGUUGCGCAUGUAAUACUGCGAUUUAUCGGAUGAUAAUACAAUCGGACUGGCAACAACAACAACACUGGAGAGACUGGCCAACUGCAGGAGUGAAUCGGGAUGGAAUUACCGUCUCACCGCAUUUUAGUGAAAUACUAGGUGUGUCACAUAGUCCUUUGUACGACUUGUUUCACGUCGGUGGAUAUGCCAGCCCUGCCGUGGACGCAUUGUGCACAACCAGUGAUGUCUCAAAGUUGGAAAAUGAAUUCAAAAACCAGGCGGGGGAAAAUAUCAUGACAGUUAUUCGGACACGUGGCAUCGAUUCUUCAGCUCCCCCGGAACAACGUAUCCGGUCGGCUCUGUUUGCUGUCAACAGCACACACCACUUGAUCUCUUUUCUCACCCGACUUGUGCCAAGUCCUGACUGGUGCACUGGUUUAUCUCGGGUGGAUAUAUGUUUGGCCAACUGCUCCUGGCCUUUACAAAUGCGAUUUCGUUUGGAGCCAUGGGAUGCUGGCGUCAUGUCCGGGAACACAUAUGUCCCAGUAGAACCAUCGGAGCGACUUCGACAACCAAAGCCAAUGUGUCCAAUUACUCCAGACCUGAGGGCAAAUACCCCUUUCACCGUCGUUACGGACUACGUGUCACCACCCGGUAUUCCCAACCCAAUGGACAGCUCAGCACGGGUUUUUGGCGAUUUGAGCAUGGACGAUCCUGGUACGCUUAUAGCCGGUCAGAAUCCUUUUGCUGACCCCAUGUUGUCAUCCCAGCUGCAGGACCAAAUGCGACUAAUGCAUGGUUCAGCUCCAACUCGAUUGCGUAGACAAUUUGCCCCUCUAGGAACAGUGACUCUGGAACUACUGCGAAUUAAUGAGCACGAGGUGUGCACACCUGAACCGGCGCAAGAUGAUCAGGGGUUUACAAGAGCAUUUCACUCGACGCCAAUCUCCAUGACACAACCAGAGUCUGGUUACAAAGCAUCAAAAUGUCAACUUGGUAGCUGGUCUCCUUGGGGGCCCUGCUCAAUUGUGGACGUUACCACGUGCAAAACGGCUGCAUCAAAAGCCUACUGGUCGGCAAAACAACCAAGAAUGCAGCGGACAAGACUUCCACUGCCACCUGUUACUGUGGCCGACUGUAGUGACGUUCCACUAAAGGAGGAGAAAGCAUGCAGUUCACCCACGGUUAAGGAAAACUGCGAACCUUUUGUCCCUUCCGCAACGAACACGAUGGAGAAGAUCUCAGCUGAAGCCUGCCAAAGUCUUCCUUGGGGGAGCUGGUCGGCUUGUAUAAAUGCCACAUGUACAAAACCUGGGUUGAUCUAUCGAUGGCGGGAAUUCCCCGAUCUCGCCACAAAAGAGGCCUGUGAAUCUUAUCCAUUGGUGAAUGAACUGGAUACGUGUUGGCCCCCAACUAAUCUGCGAUGUGACCCCGAUUUGCUAAGAAAAGCCUGCUACGAAGAACCACCGUCUGCCAAUCGGUUGUGCCUCCGACCGGAAAAUACAACUGUCAGAUAUUAUUAUCACCCUUCACAGAAGGAAUGUAAGACAUUUGACUACUCGCCACACUGUCACAUACGGGCACUAGUCAGUGACCACGCUAUUGCAUAUACCCGAAACCAGUUUCCGGAUCUGACAAGCUGCGAGGGAUUGUGUAAAUUUGAAAAGCAGCAAAGUAGAUCUCGGUGGAGCGCUCGUUAUAAGCGAGCACACAACCCCUGCAGCACCCCACCUUACCCAACUUCGCAAUGCGGUCCAUCCGAAACAGUUGCGUGGUGGUAUUUCGACCAACGCAAAAAGCAAUGUCUGCAGUUUUUGCAUGGCGUGUGUGGUGGCGGAAUGAACAGUUUUGCGACUGAGAAUGAAUGUCAAGCCACCUGUGUUCCGGAACAAUUCACCAUAUCAUAGACGCACAAUGCAUAAAAAAGGCCGCCGGCGCUAGAACACAACGCGUUUUUCAAACAUCUGCUCCCCCGCUCUUUCAUAUUCGGUUGAUUGAGAACGAAGUCACAUUAUAAUUACACGGAAAUCACCACCGACUUAGUGUUUUGUUUGAAGAACAGUUAACAUUAUUUUCCGUGCAAUAAUUUUGAUUGGCUAACCAAAGAAAACUGAACAUCACCAUGUGUGUAACAAUUCUACGUUAUCGUGUUCGCAAUCUAAAUCCGGGAUUCCGCAAAACCUGUUCGUCUAUAUUCAAAAUUUUGAUGUUGUCUACAACUUCGUUGUUGCUUCGUUUGUUUCUCGGCAUUUAGUUGUUCACUUUCGAUGCAUUCCAUCAAUCAAUGUGUGCCUGUAGUUUUACAAAUACACACUAAAGAAUUCUGUGAGAUACCAGAACUCGGAC